UUCUCGAAAGUCAAUCGAAGGGUCAUAGGUAAGAUUCAUAAACAAAAUUCCAUUGCUUGUUUAACUUAGCAGUUAGCAUCGGGAGAAAAAGGCGAUUGGCAUUUGGGAAGGGUCCGGGUUCGUUCAUCAGAAGAAGUUCAGUGACGAAAAACAAGCGACACAGGUUGGAAAUGGCUUGGAGAGGAAAGCUAUCCAAGAAUUUGAAGGAGCUUCGGAUCUUACUCUGCCAAUCAUCUCCUUCAAGCGCCCCCGCUAGGGCUUUUGUUGAAAAAAAUUACAAGGACCUCAAGACUUUGAAUCCUAAAUUUCCAAUAUUGAUCCGCGAAUGCAGUGGAAUCGAGCCCCAAUUAUGGGCUAGAUAUGACAUGGGCAUUGAGAGGGUUGCUCGUCUGGAGGGGUUGAGUGAGGCACAGAUCUCAAAGGCACUCGAAGACCUAGUGAAAGUCGGGGCAUCAUGAAGGAAUGAUCUGCUGUGCUAUUGUUACUGGCAACUGACGUUAAUAAAUGCACGAGUGGAACUUUUGUUGAGAUGCACUGUUUACAUUCUUUUCGGUCUGCUUCUAUGAGAUUAUUGCUCAAAGAUUCAUCUUGAGUAAACUUGUUUCUGGUACGUAAGCCUAUUUGUUUAUAUGAAUAGUUUCUCCGGGAGUGUUAUCAUAAUGGAUACUUCUUGCAAUGAGAGAUUAGAUUGAAAUAUAUUAAAAUAUGAGAGAAUAUAUUUGAAACCAUGAGGAUAAAUUGAAAAGCACUACAACGUUAAGUAGUAAAGCAUUUGAUGUAUUUA